GAAGCAAAACAGAAAAUCCAAGUGACGCCUUCAGCUACAGCUGGAUUGCUCAGACAACAAAUGAACAGUCAGGGAAAGAAAACUCUAUCGGGGCUUGGCUGAGUGAGUUUGAAAUAAGAAGCAAAGUCACAGCGACUAUCGGGGCUGAAGAAGGAGAAGCUCAUCAUAACUCUACACAAAAUACAAAUUUGGCAGCACAGAUUCUGAUUGCUGCAUUGAUUCCGUACUCUCUACCAAGAUAUGCAGCCCUUAGAGUUACAUUAAGCAGAAGAAUGACAGUAUGAUGUCUGAAGACGCUGGAGUAAUGUUAGUAGUUUAUGAUGAUCCAUCAGAUCAACGAUCUUUGUCUUUGGAUGAGACCAGCAGCACUGAGGAAUCACCUGAUGAGACCAGGCUUUCAUUAGAGACCACGAAUGAUGUAAUUCCAUAUAUAGGACAAAGAUUUUCUACUCAUGAUGCGGCUUAUGAAUACUAUAGUGAAUUUGCAAAGCAAUGCGGAUUCUCAAUCCGAAGGCACCGCACAGAAGGCAAAGAUGGGGUAGGAAAAGGACUUACUAGACGCUACUUUGUCUGUCAUCGUGCUGGCAACACCCCAAUUAAAACCUGCAAUGAGAGGAAGCCCCAAAGGAAUAGAAAGUCCUCCCGGUGUGGAUGUCAAGCAUACAUGCGGAUAAGCAAGACAACAGAAUUAGGAGCACCAGAAUGGCGUGUCACGGGCUUUGCAAACCAUCAUAAUCAUGAACUCUUAGAAGCAAACCAAGUUCGUUUUCUUCCUGCAUACAGAACUAUAUCUGAGUCUGAUAAGAGCCGGAUACUUAUGUUUGCCAAAACAGGAAUUUCUGUGCAGCAAAUGAUGAGGCUCAUGGAGCUUGAGAAAUGUGUGCAACCAGGAUAUUUACCAUUCACUGAAAAAGAUGUGAGGAAUUUACUCCAGACAUUUAGGAAAUUAGAUCCGGAAGACGAGAGCAUAGACUUGUUGAGAAUGUGCAGAAAUAUCAAGGAGAAAGAUCCUAACUUCAAAUUUGAGUACACGCUUGACUCAGACCACAGAUUAGAGAAUAUUGCCUGGUCGUAUGCAUCAUCAGUCCAGUCAUAUGAGAUAUUUGGUGAUGCAGUGGUGUUUGAUACUACACAUCGCUUAACUGCAUUCGAUAUGCCACUCGGGAUAUGGGUUGGAAUAAAUAAUUAUGGCAUGCCUUGCUUCUUUGGCUGCGUGCUUCUGCGAGAGGAAAGUUUAAGGUCGUUUUCAUGGGCAUUGAAGGCAUUCCUGAGCUUCAUGUAUGGGAGGGCACCACAGACAAUAUUAACUGACCAAAAUAUGUUUCUGAAAGAAGCAAUAAGCAUGGAAAUGCCAACAACUAAACAUGCACUUUGCAUAUGGAUGAUAGUGGCAAAGUUUCCGUCCUGGUUCAAUGCUGUUUUGGGUGAACGUUACAAUGAGUGGAAAAGUGAGUUUUAUCGCAUUUACAAUUUGGAGUCCAUAGAGGAUUUUGAACUAGGAUGGAGGGACUUGGUAAAUUCUUUUGGGCUUCACUCUAACAGGCACAUAGUCAACUUGUAUGGCCUCCGCUCGCUGUGGGCACUACCAUUCUUGAGAAGCCAUUUCUUUGCAGGAAUGACUACAAUUGGACAGUCUAAGUCGAUUAAUGCAUUCAUCCAACGAUUUUUGAGUGCACAGACCCGGCUUGCACAUUUCGUCGAACAAGUUGCUGUUGCUGUGGAUUUUAAAGAUCAAGCUGGAGAACAACAAACAAUGCAACAGAAUCUCCAAAAUAUAUCCCUGAAAACAGGAGCACCCAUGGAAUCCCAUGCUGCCUCAAUAUUUACUCCUUAUGCUUUCUCUAAGCUUCAAGAACAACUUGUUUUGGCUGCCCACUAUGCAUCUUUUGAGAUGGAAGAUGGUUUUCUUGUGCGACACCACACAAAAGCUGAGGGAGGUCGGAAAGUGUAUUGGGUUCCACGGGAAGGUAUUAUAAGUUGCAGUUGCCAUCACUUUGAGUUCUCUGGAAUUCUCUGUCGGCAUGCACUUCGAGUUCUCUCCACAGGAAAUUGUUUUCAAAUCCCUGAGAGAUAUCUUCCUGUCCGUUGGCGCCGUAUCAGCAUUCCUUCUGCAAAACUCCUUCAGAGUGCUCCAAGUGAUCAUGCAGAAAGAAUACAGUUAUUACAGAAUAUAGUAUCAACUCUUGUAACAGAAUCUGCCAAGUCGAGGGAGAGGCUAGAUAUAGCAACCGAGCAAGUCUCCAUUCUCUUAUCUCGUAUACGAGAGCAGCCUGUUUCAGUGCAAAGUACAAGAGAGAUUUCUUCAAUGCAUAGGAAUAUUUGAUUCAUAACAGUUAGCUUAGUCAGAAUUCUCAUAGAAGAUGAAACUUGUCAAGAUUUGCUAAAGAAUGUAAGUCAGGCAGGCUAGGAAGCUAGAAUCGGCAUCAGGGUUUUGGGAGCUGGUAUGUGGGAUGAGGUUUGUUACUUGAUCAUUUUGUAGUUCUUUUGGUACAUGCCAUCAUGGUUCUACAAGGCAAUUGGUUUUGUUGGACAUCAUUUCAUAUGCCUUACUUAUGAUAGAUGGCUUUCAGUGGGGAUGUGUACAAAGAAUAUAUAUAGAAUUGAAAGGUCCAUAUGUCUCUCCUUUUGUUUUUUGUAUAAAACAAAUUUCAUCUUGCUGCAAUUAGGAUUCCAGAA